AUGGAACCCAGGCGGGACCGAAAUGAUAGUGAGUCUUGGACGGAUAUGUACACGCGAGUAAACUCCUUUCCCACUCAAGUCGCUUCACUUUUAGCCUCGCGUGAUCCAAAUGCUAAGCAAGUUGUAAACCGUUCUGCUGUGCUUGCUCUGCUCACCCGAGAAUUAGACGCCCGUGCCGCACCAAUUACUCAGCCCUCCAGGCCCUCUGGUGCUCGGUCUCGAGUGCGAACUCGUCCCAGCCAGCCUAGAAUUCGGCAAUUAGUGAGACGCCCUGCGGUGAUCAAAGGAUCUGGGUCUGGAGAAUUGGCGGUACAGAAAAUACAAAAAUCUCAGCAGCAACAAGCGUUCAGACAGCGCUCUAAGAACAAGGGACAGAUACCAUCUGUGACGGAGGAUGCUGAAGAUAACGAUGAGGUAGAGGAUAUGUUGGAGGGGGGGGAUGUUGUAGGGGAGGAGGACGAUGAGGGGCCGAGGUUACAGACGGAAAGUGAGGGAAGCGUGAAAGUUAGCCGAAAAUGUGACCAAGGGCACGGCGGACCCGCCAAACGAAGACGACAGAUCCAGAAAACGCCUGUCUUUCUUGAGGCCCAGCCCACUUGCUUUGUAGAUGGUUUCUUCUGUCUACUUCGCCUCCUUUUCGUCGAAGUGGCCAGACAGGUUACUUGCUCCGCCGGUGCUACUUCCGAACUUCAAGAUCCAAAUGGCGGCUUUUCAGGCAUGUCGACUAAUGAUCUGGCUAAUCUUGUUCGCCAGUGGAGCCAAAUACCUGAAGCAAGAAAGGCAAAUUACAGUUGGAUCAGACGGGUAAUUUGGAACUUUUUGGCAAGCUCUUGA